AUUACAGUCCUUCAUACAUCUGCGAGUUUGGCGUUAAACGAGAGUUGGGAUCCAGAUGUUAGAGACGAUAUGGAAAUGAUGUUAAAUAAAAUAGUUCCCGAAGGCCUACCAUAUAGGCACUCGUGCGAAGGACCCGAUGAUAUGCCGGCGCACGUGAAGGCCUGCUUUCUCGGUAGCUCAUUGACAAUCCCUAUAACUGAUGGUAAAUUAUCGCUUGGUACAUGGCAAGGCGUUUGGUUAUGCGAGCAUCGCGACCAGGCGGGCUCACGCAAACUAGUUAUAACACUGUCCGGAUGUCCUCGUGAGACAGCGCGCAGUCCGCUGUCGCCAGUAUCGCCAAUCGCUUCGACAUCCAGUUAGGGAAGGCCUCGCUCCACUCGCGACAGUCGGUAA